GCGACACUCCCAGCGACAACACUCCCGCUCGUUCCAAUGGUCAGUCCCCCCUCUCCCAUUCACCCCAUCUCUCACACUCUCCCAACAGCCAGAAGAAAAAUCAGCACCCGCAAACUCCAUGAAGGAGCUCAAAAUCGACAAGCUCGGGGGGGAGUACGUCCCCCUCCCUCCCAUACUCCCUCCCCUCAUCCUCCCCACAGACAUCUCAGUGGGCGAAUCCGGUGAUCGUCUCACAAGAGCCUCAAAGGUCCUCGAACAGCUCACAGGUCAAACACCCGUCACCUCAAAAGCCCGCUACACCGUCCGCACGUUCGGCAUCCGUCGUAACGAAAAAAUCGCUGUUCACGUCACCAUUCGCGGCCCAAAGGCAGAGGAGAUCUUGGAGCGCGGCUUGAAAGUAAAGGAGUACGAGCUCCGUCGUCGCAACUUUUCAGAAACCGGCAACUUUGGCUUUGGCAUUCAGGAGCAUAUCGAUCUCGGUGCCAGGUAUGACCCUGGUAUCGGUAUCUUCGGUAUGGACUUUUACGUCGUCAUGGGCAGACCGGGUGCCAGAGUCGCAAGGAGGAAGCAGAAAAAGGCCAGAAUCGGCUUCCAGCAUCGUGUCAGAAAGGACGACACCAUGUCUUGGUUCAAGCAGCGUUUCGACGGUAUCAUCCUCAAAUAAACCACUCCGCACCCCAUCGCAUGUCUUAUGCACCUUUUGACUACUUAUUCCUCUUUUGGGAUCUAUGUCCCCGCAUGCUUUCUACAAUCCAAAAAAAUGCACUUUGACACCACCCGUCGCCUGAGCUCAUUAACGUCUGAUCACAAAUCUCCAAACAUCACUCACUAAUCUCUACUUUACGCGUCACAAUCGUCUGCAUACUUUCAAUCCAAAAAAAUGCACUGACAUCGCCAUCUGCCGUGAGAUCAGUCUGAUCAGAGCGUCGGCGCAAGUCUACGAUCAUUCACUAAUUCUUAGCGCAACCCAAUCCUUGCCUAUACACGUGCGCAUGCCAUCGUAUCAUAUAUAUCGUCUGCACGAAACAAAGUAGUACUACAGCGUACCACUGUAUGGCACACCAUGCAAAAAAAAAAAAAA